GCCUAUCCGUGGGUAUCUCAUUUCCCUGUGGCUGGCGGGUCCAUAGUCCUGAAUGCCACAGGACACGGGGAGGCAAGGAGUUGUGUCUGAGCAUUUCUCUGUGAGUAGGGACCAUGCGUGUGCGUGCAUGGUGCAUUCAAGGCGGUCAGACAACCACCUGCAGAAGUCUGCGCUCUUCUUCCACCAUGCGGGUUCUGGGAACUGAACCCAGAUCACCAGGGUUUGCAGUUGGUGCCCUUACACCCCAUGAACCAGCUCACUAGCCCUGCACCUCCUUCUGUUGUUGUUGUUGUUGUCCCUGGGUCUCUCAUAUCUCCAGGAGUUUGUUGACUCAGCUAAGAUGGUUUCAGGGAUCCAUCCAACUGCACCACCUCCCCACUCAAGGCUGGGGUUACAGAUGUGUGCCUGGGUACCUAGGCACACAUUUUAAAUAGUAAUUAUAAAUAGUAAUUUUAAAAUUACUUAUUUUAUUCUAGUCUGUGUGUGUGUGUGUGUAUGUGUGUGGUGUAUGCCGUGUGUGCAGGUGCCAGUGGAGGUCAGAAGAGGGUGCAAGAUUCACUGGAGUUAAGGCUAUUGUGAGCCACGCAGUGCAGAUGCUGGAAACUGAACCAGGGUCCUCCACAAGAGCAGCAUGGCUCUUGCCUGCUAAGGCAUCUCUCCAACCUCUGCACCAGAUUUUCACAAAUGUGCUGCGGAUUCAAACUUAGAUCCUCACACUUGUGCACACUCUAACAACUGGCCAUCUCCCCAGCCCCAUCUAUGGGUUUUGUUUGUGUAAAUAUACAUGUAACACAGUGUCUCACUCAGUGAAAUGACCUUGUGUCUCGUAUCAGGAUGCAUGUCCAUGUUAAGAGUCUCUCUCUUGCCUGUGUGUUGUGGGUGUGUGGCCACACAUGUUGGAGUAUAGUGUGUGCAAGCACUGUGUGUGACUUUGGAUCAAUGGUAUGCUGAUCUGGACGCUGGCAUUCAUGUGUGUCCAAAUCCAGCCCCACCCCCUCCAAAGGCUGUCAUCCUGGGCUGUGUCUUGUGUGGCUAGAAUGCUAUAGAAUGUCCAGCUUUGGGGAGAAGCUGCUUGAACCCUUCCAUCUGGACUACUCUCUGACAGUAGGGUUAUAUUAUGUAGUGUGCUGGGGCACAUGGAGUGUCAGACAUGUCAGGGAUCACAGUAGGAAGUGUGCGUGUGAGUCCCACGCACAGUGCGUGUUGCUCUAUGUUUCCAGUUCUCUAGGCACUCCGUGUCAGCAUCUGCCACCCUCAGGUGUUUGCGUGUAUUGGGUACAACCCUAUGUGUGUCACAUCCACACCACUUGGGUAUCUGUUAACACAUGUAUGUUGCACCUGGUGCCUUUUACAAGUCCCUGUGUCCACACCUGAUGUGUGUUUGUGUAGCUCUUAGUGCACGUUUCGUGCGGCCGUUGGUGCUUAACUCUUUACAUAAUAAAAUGCGAAGGGGUUUUCCUUGGUUUUGGUUUUGAGUCUCACAUAGCUCAGACUGACCUUGAACUCACAGCUGAGGAGGACCUAGAACUGCUGAUCCUCCUGCCUUGGGCUCCCUUAUGCCAAGGUGCGGGCUCGCACCACUGCCUGCUUUAUGCCAUGCUGGGGACUGAACCUCAGGGCGUCUUCAUGCUGAAUGAGAAAUCUGCUGACUGCACUCGUCCCUGGCUCUGCUUUAAUCUUUUUAUUUAAGAUAUAUUUUUAUUUAUUACGUGUGUGCAUAUCUAUGUGAAUGAAUGCCACGUGUGUGUGGGUGCCCACAGAAGCCAGAAAAAGGGUGUCUGAUCCCCUGAGUUGAAGUUGCAGGUGGUUGCAAGCUGCCGGGUGAGUGCUGAGAACAGAAGUUAGACUUCUCAGAGUUGCACUGGCUCUUAACUGCUGUGCGGUCUCUCCAGCCCCUCCCCCAGGCCCACUUUGAGCAACGUGUGUGACUGACUAUAUGACUACAACCUUUGGGUGGCCCCGUGUGCCACGGGAUGCUUCUGCCCUGCUAAAUGCUGGCGUGUGUCACAUACAGCAUGUGUGUGUGUGGUGUCUGGGUGUGGCUGUGGGUUUCUGAACUUUCGGGAGUUGUGAGUCACUUCUGUGGAGGUUGUGUGGUGUGUCCUGGUGUGUUGGACUCCAUCUCCGGUCUGUCGUGGGGUGCUCUGUGGUGUCUGGGUGUGGCGGAUUGUAGGUGUGUACCACCGAGUGCAAACGGUUAGGGAGUCACAAACUAUUGUGUGUCAGAGUGUGUCUUUGCCCACGUGGAUGGACUCUUCUUCCUUGCCUGGGGCCACAAGACACACCCCAACCCCUCCUUAGUCUCAGAAGGGGAUGGGAUGGGCUGCCUCCCCCUACCCAGGGACCUCCCCGUCUCUCCCCGCCCUGCCCUGCCGCAGUUACCACUCCCCAGAGGGCACAGGGCUAGGCUGUGCCUUCCAGCAAAAGUCCCAGAGUGAACAGAACGGGCCUCCGGCCUGGAAGCCAAGCUGGCUGCCAUUUGCGUACUGAGAGGUGGGGGACCCUGGGCAGGAAGCUGGCUGAGCCCCAAGACCUCAGGGACCAUGGGCGGGGAGCUGGUGACUGGCCUGGGGGCCCUGCGACGGAGAAAACGCCUACUGGAGCAAGAGAAGAGGGUGGCCGGCUGGGCGCUGGUGCUGGCGGGAACUGGCAUCGGGCUCAUGGUGCUGCACGCUGAGAUGUUGUGGUUCCUGGGUUGCAAGUGGGUGCUGUACCUGCUCUUAGUGAAGUGCUUGAUCACCCUGUCCACUGUCUUCCUACUCUGCCUCAUUGUGGCCUUCCAUGCCAAGGAGGUCCAGCUGUUCAUGACCGACAACGGGCUCCGGGAUUGGCGGGUGGCACUAACCCGGCGGCAGGUGGCGCAGAUCCUGCUGGAGCUGCUGGUGUGCGGGGUGCACCCGGUGCCCCUGAGGAGCCCGCACUGCGUUCUGUCCGGGGAGGCCACCGACGCGCAGCCCUGGCCGAGCUUCCUGGGCGAAGGGGAGGCGCUGCUGUCUCUGGCCAUGCUGCUCCGUCUCUACCUGGUGCCCCGUGCGGUGCUGCUGCGCAGCGGCGUCCUCCUCAACGCCUCCUACCGCAGCAUCGGGGCGCUGAACCAAGUUCGUUUCCGCCACUGGUUCGUGGCCAAGCUCUACAUGAACACGCACCCGGGUCGCCUGCUACUGGGCCUCACGCUCGGCCUGUGGCUCACCACAGCUUGGGUGCUGUCUGUGGCUGAGAGGCAGGCCGUCAAUGCCACCGGGCACCUCACAGAUACGUUGUGGCUGAUACCCAUCACAUUCCUGACCAUCGGCUAUGGGGACGUGGUACCUGGCACCAUAUGGGGCAAGAUCGUCUGCUUGUGCACUGGAGUCAUGGGGGUCUGUUGCACUGCCUUGCUAGUGGCUGUGGUGGCCCGGAAGCUGGAGUUUAACAAGGCGGAAAAACACGUGCACAACUUCAUGAUGGAUAUUCAUUAUGCCAAAGAGAUGAAGGAGUCAGCUGCACGCCUCCUGCAGGAAGCCUGGAUGUACUACAAGCACACUCGCAGGAAGGACUCCCGAGCUGCCCGGAGGCAUCAACGCAAGUUGCUGUCCGCCAUCUACACGUUCCGCCAGGUACGGCUGAAACACCGGAAGCUCCGGGAACAAGUGAACUCCAUGGUGGAUAUCUCCAAGAUGCACAUGAUCCUGUGCGACCUGCAGCUGGGUCUCAGCACCUCACACCGGGCCCUGGAGAAGAGAAUCGACGGGCUGGCAGGCAAGCUGGAUGCCCUGACCGAGCUGCUGGGCACUGCCCUGCAGCAACAGCAGCUACCAGAACCCAGUCAGGAGGCCACGUAGCUGCACCCAUGGAAGAAGAAUCAGGCUAUGUACCCCAGGACUAACCUCAACCACUUCUGACCGAGUCCCAUGAAUAAAGCACUUCAAGACGCUAGGAUCAAAGCGGGCCCACGGUGAGAUGAGUGGACUCUCUGGUGGUAGCGGCUUGGAUCUCCAACUGUGAUAGGGUCAUGGCCACCACUACACACAUGCGCUCGUCAGAAGCCUUCGUUCUGUGCUGCUGUUCAUGAACUCUCAAGCUCUGUCAGAGGUGAAGGUGCCUAGAGCCAGACUACAGGUUCCUGGAGAGAGAGGCAACUGGUAGCCUGGGGUUCAGGAUGCUGGGAUCACUGAAGGAACCAGGUCCGAGAGGCAGGAGCCGGUGCCCCCUGGUGGAUGCCAUGGAAGACGCCACUUUCCCGGAAUGCAGAGACGUCUGCUGGGAGGAGGGGUGUGGAUGCCUCUCACCUGUCCACUGUCACACUUUGUAAUAAAUGAUAAACAAAGCCA